GACCGGCUCUCCAGAAACCCAUCAGUGUUGCUUGAUACUUGGUUCAGUGCGUCGCGUCCCAACUACAAUCCAAAAAUAAAAUGGCUGACUUCUACUAUUUGCCCGGCUCCUCGCCCUGCCGCUCCGUCAUCAUGACCGCCAAGGCCGUCGGUGUUGAUUUGAACAAGAAGUUGCUCAAUCUGCAGGCUGGCGAGCAUCUGAAGCCUGAAUUCGUGAAGAUUAAUCCUCAGCACACCAUUCCCACCUUGGUGGACAAUGGAUUCGCUCUGUGGGAGUCGCGUGCCAUCCUCGUCUAUCUCGUGGAGAAGUACGGCAAGACCGACUCUCUGUACCCCAAGUGCCCCAAGAAGCGUGCCGUCAUCAACCAGCGACUGUACUUCGACAUGGGCACUCUGUAUCAGAGCUUCGCCAACUACUACUAUCCACAGGUGUUCGCCAAGGCGCCCGCCGAUCCGGAGGCCUUCAAAAAAAUCGAGGCUGCCUUCGAGUUCCUCAACACCUUCUUGGAGGGUCAGAACUAUGUUGCUGGUGAUUCACUGACAAUUGCCGAUAUUGCCUUGGUCGCCACUGUGUCCACAUUCGAGGUGGCUGGCUUCGACAUCAGCAAGUACGAAAAUGUGAACAAGUGGUACCAGAAUGCCAAGAAGGUGACUCCCGGCUGGGAUGAGAACUGGGCUGGAUGCUUGGAGUUCAAGAAAUACUUUGAAUAAGCCUUAUUCCUUUAUUGAAGUAUUAUAUUUUAUAUAAUAAUUUAUUCAUACUUAAUCACGAAAUGACAGGAAAUGAAGAUUUGAAUUCAUCAAAUGUUGUGUGUUAAUUUGCUGAUAUGCAAAAGAAACUUUUUUCUUAUAAUAAAAGUGUAUUCAUUUUUAUUGAAUACAAUAUAAGAGAUUA